GCUUCUCUUUGGUCUUUGUGAACAGAAUGUUCUCUUCUGAAGCUUUUUCCUUGGUAUUUUUUGUGUUUUCAUUUACACUCUAAUAUGAUUUCAACGCCUUGCUCUCGUAGCACAAUGUUGCUGUUGCCUCUGUCUUGACGUACAACACAUCACUUCCUGCAGCCUGAGAAUGUUGCCUGGCAACAUGUGAUUUCCUCACCACUAUACUGAGAAACAUGUGGAGCUGGCACGUUUAAUCAUCUUUGUGUCAACGUAUUUGAUAAAGGUUUAAACCUAACAGACAUUUAAAUGUUACAUGCUACAGAUUAAUUCAUUUUUAAGGUGAAAUAUCAAAUAUUUGAUAGAUUAUGCUUCUUGGCCAGUCUAACCAGCCUUACAUUGCAUUAAAUAUUAUUGAUUAUUGGCCCACUGAAUAAAGUUAUGACAAGACAGCUCUGUCUCAGAUUUAUAGCUGAAGUAGGCAAGAUGGAGAGAUAGUUGAGUGUUUUAUUGGCAAGUUAUCAAGAUACUUUCUUUCUUGAUCACUGCUCACCGUUCUGAGCUCCUCAUCAGAUGAGCAUGGCGACACUUGAUCCAUACACAAUGAGGCAAUCUAUCCACCUUUGAAAUUCUCUGCUAAUAUUCACAUGUGUUUUAUUGCUCUUUCUUUGCUGCACAGGAAGUAUUUCUCAGUGCUGCAUUACCAGAAAGGACCCUAUGCAGAAUUCCUUGAGUAGUUUGAGAUCCUUGAGGGAUUCUCAAGGCGUCAUGGCACCCAAAGACAUCAUGACCAACUCCCACGCCAAAUCCAUCCUCAAUGCAAUGAAUGCACUUCGCAAGAGCAACACACUCUGCGACAUCACCCUGAGGGUGGAGAGCACAGAUUUUCCAGCUCACAGAAUUGUCUUGGCUGCCUGCAGUGACUACUUCUGUGCCAUGUUCACUAGUGAGCUUGCAGAGAAGGGGAAAUCUUUUGUCGACAUUCAGGGGCUCACUGCAUCGACUAUGGAGAUCCUGUUGGACUUUGUCUACACAGAGACAGUCCUGGUGACAGUGGAGAAUGUACAAGAGCUUCUCCCAGCAGCAUGUCUGCUGCAGCUGAAAGGGGUGAAAAGAGCAUGUUGUGAUUUUUUGGAGAGUCAGCUUGAUCCCUCCAACUGUCUGGGUAUUCGUGACUUUGCCGAAACUCACAAUUGCCUUGACCUGAUGCAGGCAGCUGAGCUUUUUUCCCAAAAGCAUUUCUCUGAGGUGGUCCAGCACGAGGAGUUCAUGCUUCUCAGCCAGACAGAAGUGGAGAAACUCAUCAAGUGUGAUGAAAUCCAGGUGGACUCCGAGGAGCCCGUAUUUGAAGCAGUGCUAAAUUGGGUCAAACACAACAGAAAAGAGCGAGAGCCGUAUCUGCCAGACAUGCUCGAGUUUGUCCGAAUGCCGCUGCUGACCCCGCGCUACAUCACAGAUGUCAUCGAUGCUGAACCCCUCAUUCGGUGUAGCUUGCCUUGCCGGGACCUCGUUGAUGAGGCCAAGAAAUUCCACUUGAGACCGGAGCUGAGGAGUGAAAUGCAGGGCCCGCGCACACAAGCCAGAUUAGGUGCCAAAGAAGUCCUGUUGGUUAUUGGAGGGUUUGGCAGCCAACAAUCACCAAUAGAUGUAGUUGAGAAAUAUGAUCCAAAAACGCAAGAAUGGAGCUUCCUCCCUAACAUUGCACGGAAAAGGCGUUACGUUGCCACAGUGUCUCUCCACGAUCGGGUCUAUGUGAUCGGAGGGUACGAUGGUCGGUCGAGGCUCAGUUCCGUGGAGUGUCUGGACUACACGGCGGAUGAGGACGGCGUUUGGUACACGGUUGCCACCAUGAACGUGCGGCGCGGCCUUGCAGGGGCCACAACACUGGGAGACAUGAUUUAUGUUGCUGGAGGAUUCGAUGGCAGCAGGCGUCAUACCAGCAUGGAACGAUAUGACCCAAACAUUGAUCAGUGGAGCAUGCUGGGAGAUAUGCAGACAGCUAGAGAAGGAGCUGGUCUGGUGGUGGCCAGUGGACUUAUAUACUGUCUAGGUGGAUACGAUGGACUGAAUAUCUUGAACUCAGUUGAGCGGUAUGACCCACACACUGGCCACUGGACAAGUGUUACACCAAUGGCCACCAAGAGGUCAGGAGCUGGUGUGGCUUUACUCAAUGACCACAUCUAUGUAGUGGGAGGCUUUGAUGGCGUUUCCCACCUCGAUUCUGUCGAAGUCUACAACAUCAGAACAGACUACUGGACCACUGUAGCCAGUAUGACUACUCCUCGAUGUUACGUGGGAGCAACCGUUCUCCGAGGACGUCUCUACGCCAUCGCCGGAUACGACGGGAACUCUCUGCUCAGCAGUAUUGAAUGUUAUGACCCGGUCAUCGACUCCUGGGAAGUUGUCACUUCAAUGGCGACGCAGCGGUGCGACGCAGGCGUCUGUGUUCUACGAGAGAAGUGAUCUUUCGCAAAGACCCCACGAGAGGAAAAGCAGACAGGAGGACAUGCAGCUAGACUUUGUUAAAAACGGCCUCUGAACCAGAGCCACAAAGGGAAGAUGUUUUGUUCGCCAGAAUACGACUCGCGUGCAGCAGUUUGGGCCGCCGCCUCCUCUGGACGGUUGUCGUUCCUCCAGUUGGACCACACGACAGAGCUUCAGCUUCGCUGUGGUCGACUUCACCGGAAAAAGAGGCCCCCGGGAGCCCAUCAUCACCACUUGCAUGACUCUCAUUUGGUGGUACUUGUUGCUGUCUUUACCUGUGAGAUAAUUUUUUUUAGUUUGUUUUCAAAGUGCAAUAUAUUUUUACUCAUGAUAAGAAAACAUCAAACGUUGGAGCACAGUUAAGACUCCAGUUGCUGCUAUAUGCCUUAUGACUUUGGCCUACAUCCAAACGGUGGACAUCCAUGUUGCCUCCCGUCUGACUUUGACACUAGCCACAGUACAUUGUCUUUAUCGAGCGUACACAUUUGACAUCUGCGAGGUCAUUCAUGGGUCAAUAAUCCAACCACUUUUUUUGUACAGUGCUUUUAGAUUCCAAUCACUUUAUUACAAAGAGUUUAUUUCUUAUUGUCGCACACAGAAUAUACAGUAUAUUUAGAGAUUAAUAUUGUUUUAGAGAAUGACUGAAUUAUACCAGUUGACUUUAUUUUGUCCUUCUGUUGGGCAGAAUUGAAGAAUCACAGAAUGAGAAGCAUGUGAUUUGUUUUUGUUUGUUUCCUCAGCUUAUACAUUUGAGCAUGUUCACUUUUGCCUGGAAAGUGAAUAAAUCCUGAACAGUGA